AUGGCAGAAAACACAAGUCCAGCUAUCACUAUGACUUGUGAGGUUUGUUCAGAGUAUUACACUGACCCCUUCAUGCUUCCCUGUCUUCACUCAUUCUGUAAGAAGUGUCUAAUAAAAGCUAAAGAGCAGGAAGGUGGUACUGGUACCUCAUUAAAGUGUCCAACGUGUGACACUAGCAUUAAUUUACCUGAUGGUAAAAUUGAAGGCCUCACUCAAAACCUUUGGCUUGAACAUAAAUCAAAAGAGGCUUCAAUCAAAAAGAAGAUUCUUAGUAAAAAAGCAAUAUUGUGUGAUAGAUGUGAUGAUUCCAGUGAUGCAGCUACCGUGUAUUGCUGUGAUUGCAGCCAGUUUUUGUGCGAUUAUUGUAAAAAAGGUCAUGAGCGAAACAAGAAAGAAGCUAAUCAUGAAUUAAUCAAUCUAGAAACAAAGGAAUCCAUUGAACUGCCUACUGUUAAGCAUGAAGAGGGGUAUUGCACACGGCAUUUCGAUCAAAAGCUGAUUUACUAUUGUAAUGAUUGUGAAAAAUUAGUUUGUCCUAACUGCCUCCCAAUCAAACACAAGGAUCACAAUGUAGAAGAUUACAUUGAUGUAGGAGAAACAGCACGUAAAGCAUUAAAGGAGAGCGUUGCUUGUUGUGACAGAAUAAUUUCUCAAGUCACUGAAGCUAUAGCUAAUCGAGAGAAAAUGCUAGAGCAGAUAGCAACAAGUAAAGAAGAAGUAAGGCAGGAAAUCAAGGAAACGUUUGAAGAGCUUAAAGCUGUUUUAGAUAAGAGAUGCAAUGAUCUACUAAUGGAGACAGAAGAGAUUGCUAGCGCUAAGAGGAACUCUGUGAAGGGGCUGUUGGACAGGUUUCGUAAACUGGUAAAACAGGUUUCUCAUGGUCGUCAUCUUGCAUCAUCAGUGAGUGAGCGUACUGAUCCAGGUGAAGUUCUCAGUGUUAAGAAGCUAAUCACCAAUCAACUAGAGGAAUGCAUUGAAGAGUAUAAGAAGCUACCUCUAGAAACACAAGAAAAUGAAGCAAUUUUAACUUGUCUUGAUACAUCUACUUUGCGUAAAGAGAUCAAUGAGUUUGGAAGUGUCUCUUAUGUACAUAUAGCCACAUAUUCUAUUGAUAGUGGGUUAGCUAUUCCACUGGCAACAGUAGAGAAAGAAAGGAAAUUCAAAGUGUCUCUACCAGCAGGCAUUGAUAAAGCAGCAAGCUAUUUGAAGGCUUCCUUUAUCAAAAGUGAUGGUAGUAAAGAGGAGGGUAAAGUUGUUAUAGUUCCUGAUAACAACAUAGCCAUUGUAUCAUGCACACCUCAAAGUAUUGGUGGAUAUGAACUAUCAGUGACUAUAAGAGGUCAUCAUAUUAAAGGCAGUCCUUAUCAACUGUCAGUAAAAGCAUCAAGAGACUAUACCACACUAACUAACCAGAGAUCCUUUAAUGUGGGAAGUGGUACUACUGGUGUCGCUGUUCAUACUAAUGGUGUAGUAUUUGCUGGUAGUAGAGAUGGGUUUGUUCAAGUAUUUUCUGAGGAUGGUACUGCAGUAAGAAGGAUUGGAUUUAAAGGUAAUAGUGAUGGACAAUUUCAACAACCAUGGGGCUUAUUGGUGGUAGGAGACAGGCUCUAUGUGUCAGAUGAUAUUCUUCAUCGUGUGCAGUAUUUCUCAGCUACUACUGGUCAGUAUAUUGGUCAGUUUGGUAGUAGAGGUAAUGGAAAUGGACAAUUCUCUAGUCCUCGUGGUGUAUCUAUCAAUGGUAAAGGUAAUAUAUUAGUAGCUGAUUCUAACAACAAAAGAGUGCAAGUGUUUGAAGAAGAUGGUACAUUUGUACAAGUCAUACAGUGUUAUGGUAAAGCCACCAAUGUGGCAGUAGAUAAUGAAGGAAAGAUACACGUCACCAUUCAAAGUCAAAAUUAUAUUCAAAUUUUUUCUCCUGAUUGUAAAACUUCAUUUAAUCUAGCUUGUAAGUUUAUUUGUCCUAACGGUAUUGCUAUUGAUGAUGAAGGAUAUAUCUUUGUAUCAGUUUAUAAUGGUGGUACCUUUUCUCUUCAUUUAUUGAGUCCUAACAGGAAACAAGUCAAAUUAAUCUCAGGAUUGUCUGACCCAUGGGGUAUAGCACUGUCUAAUGAUGGAUAUAUUUAUGUAGCUGAAAAUAAAAACAACUGUAUAAUGAAAUAUUAAUGCAGUCGUUCAAUAAAAGUGCAAUAAACCAGAUACACUAACAAUAUUAUUCACAAUUUACAGUGUAUGGUAUGAACUGAAAUUUUGUUUCCCUUUAAAUGUAUUUUCCCUUUCCAGUUUAUCUUUCACAUGCAGUUACACACACACACACACACACACACUUUUUCUUCCUUCUUCCAUCUACCCUCCCAACUUCUCUAUUCACCUUAAGUGAAUAUUAAUUAUUAUUGUUAGUAAUAUUAAUUUGAUUCAAAAUUUUGAAAA